GGUUUUAGAGGGUUUUGCAGCAUCUAUUCGUGUCUUUCGUCCGACGCAGCUACCGUCUCAGCUACAUCAUCCCAACAAUGUCCACACACGCGAACCAAGAACCUCUAAAUUCCCACCAACCCGAAGCGAAACCCCAAGAUCUCCCUCCUGAUCAACCAGGUUCGGUGUCUCCCGGAGCCGAAGCCGAAGCCGAAGCCGAAGCCGGGGAAGAGGAAGAAGGAGAGUGCGGGUUCUGCCUCUUUAUGAAGGGUGGCGGGUGCAGAGACGAGUUCGUAGGGUGGGAGAAUUGCGUCGAGGAGGCCGAGAGCAACAACGAGGACCUCCUCGAGAAGUGCGCCCAGGUCACCGCCGCGCUCAAGCGCUGUAUGGAAGCCCACUCCGACUACUACGAGCCCAUCAUCCGCGCCGAGAAGCUCGCUGAGGAACAGGCCAUCGUCGAAUUGGAGAAGGAGAAGCAGAAUCAACAACAACCACCACCACAAGACCAAAAGGCCGAAAAGGUUGUUGAGGAAGUAGCCAUCAUUGAAUUGAAGACGCCAAAGCAAAGUUUGACACCAAACGAGUCCCAACCCCCUUCAACUUCUAGUCAAGACCAAAAAAUUUAAAUGCAGCCAAUAGUGAAUAAGAAAUGAGAAAUAGCUUGACUUCCAGAUUCUCACUUCAGAGCUACUUUGGGUAAUUUUUUUGACAAUUAGAAAGAAGAACAUAAAGAGAUAAAAUGAAUCAUUUUUCUUUUCACAAGAUAUAAAAAGCUUAUGUAUCUUAGCAAGGUUUUAAAUUGAGGUUGCAGUUUUUCGCAAUCUUUGAUGUUGUGGGAAAUUGUGAACAAAUGUGGACACGGUAAUCUUAAAAUGUUGAUGUUGUGGCUAAAAUUGCAGAUACAGACCAUUUUUUAAAAAGUUGUAUCUGAGCUUGUUGAGAAGAUGAGAGCGCUUUUAAAAUGGUUG